UCUUUCUUCAUUUGUCGUCUGUAGUUCUGUACUGUCUUUGCUUUUGACAGCCCAAGUGAAAGAAACAGACAGAAAUACAAUUCAGUGCCGAAAAUGUACAGAUUUACGAACCAUUUAACAAAUCCCAAUUUAGUUUUGGUACGAAAACAAAUAGGUGACGGAUCAUGUGCCGCACUGAUUGUGAUGAGGUCGCCGCACCGGCAGUAUGCUCAGCAGGAGAGACGUCCACCCAGUGAGAAGCGACCCAAGUCAAAGAAAUUCUUUUGGGGGACAGUGGGCGCCACUGUGUUGACUGGUGCAGCUGUUGUCUAUGCCAAAUCAAGCCCCGAAGCUCGGAACUUUCUCGAGUCACAUGUCCCGUGGGCCAACGACUUUGUGGCGCUGGUGUACCAGGAAAACACCACAUACUGGAAGUUCACAGUCAACCAACUAAGCAAAGCCUCCAACUAUGCCUCCAACUUCUUGUUUGGAAAGGAAGGUGUGUCUCCAUUAGACUUCAAACAGAAGUCGGAGCAAAACUUAGAGACAGAAAUACCCAAGCUGCCUUCUAGCAAAACAUAUGAAUCAUCAGAUAAAAAAUCUUAUCAGGACAAAACUGACAAAAAAGUACCGCCGCCGCAACUAGAGCCAUUGUAUGUCGAACAGAAGAAACUGGAGACACCCGAAGUGGAAACGCCAGCCACAGUAAUACAGACAGAGAAGUGCGAACCUCAAUCGCCGCCAGUCAUCAAAAUAACCAAAGACAUGGUAGAGCUGGAGCAAGACAUGCACGAGAACACUAAAAUAGCCAUAGACAACUACAAGAAGGCCCUGCAACAUUGCGCGGACUAUAACAGGGCGUUGUAUAAGAUAGUGGAGUCGUCACUGGGCGAUCUGGACAAGAAGCACUUCGCGGCGCUGCAAGGCGCGCGCAACGAGCGCGACAACACGCUCGCGAAGGCCAAGGACGCGUCUACCAAGGCCAAGUGUGCCAUCGAUACCCUGGACCGCAUGAUCAAGGCGGGCGUGCAAGCGCCGCCCGAGAGCAUAGCCGCCACCAGCCGGUACAUCAAGCAGUUCCGCAGCGACCUGUCCACUGUGGAGCAAGACUACAGGGACUGUUCGGCCAAGGCCGUGCUCAGCGACAGGUACUGGAGCAAGGUGGACCAGGCCCGCCAGACGUACAAGGAAGAGCUGCAGAUGCUGUUCCCAGGCCUGGACCUCAGCGCGCGCCAGCUGGAGCUCAAGGGAGACACGGACCUUCUGCUGAUUUACACCAUUAAACAGAUUCAAUUUUUACAAAACGAAAUUGCAGAACUGCAGACAAUAAGAGAUUUGAAAAUUGCCCGAGCUAUCGAAUGUCACGAUGAGAAAGCCAUCAUCGAAGCAAAAGUUGAGGACACUAUCAACAGGGAAAGACUAGAGAAGGAAAAAGAAUAUCAUAAGAAGAGUUUGGAGAUCCAAGCGGAGGCGAACAGGAAGCUGAAGGAGCAGCUGAAGAAACAGUUCGAGAUACAACAAGAAGUGUUACAGGAGAGACUCGCUAGGAAGGAGAAAGAGGUGCUGGGCCGGUUCAGUCGCUCGGUGUCGGAGCAGGUGGAGAGAGAGCGCGUGACGUUCAAGAAGGAGCUCGCCGCCAUGGCGGGCAAGCUGCAGGCCAUCGAACAGACGCUCAAACAGAGAGCGAAAGCGGAGGCCGAGGCGCGUCGCUCGCAGUCCCUGUGGGCCGCCGCGGAAGCCCUACACGCCGCCACCAGACGGACGUGCGAAGAAACCAAACUCGACAACGAGAUCAAAGCUCUGGAAGCGGCCGGUAAAGACGACAAAUUGGUACAGACAGUAUUAAAAGGCAUCACUCCAGAAGUACGCGAGAAGGGAAUCCUCACUGAGAAGACAUUGAGAGAUAAAUUCGAUACGUUGGAGAAGUCGGCAGCGAAAGUGGCUUUGAUCGGCCGCGAGGGUGCCACGCUCCCCCUGUACUUCCUGUCGUGGCUACAAUCUAAACUGCUCUUCCAGAAGUUGGCCGAAAUCCCUAAGGACGAACUAGACAAUAAGCCGAUAGACUUUUCCAAAUUGGACACCUUUGAUAUUAUUCAAAGGGCUAGAUACCACAUGGACCACGGUAACCUGUCGAUAGCGUUACGGUACGUGAACCUCCUGCAAGGCGCGCCCAGAGCGGUGGCGAAGCCCUGGUCGGACGCCGCGCGGCGCCAUCUUGAAAUCAAACAGGCCGCCGAGGCUGUCAUGGCGCACGCUUCCGUAUCCGGUCUAUUGUAUCUCUAGUCUGACGUUUCCGGAACACAACCGGGUAUUUAUUGUCACAUGAUGUGAGGGUCAUCUGUAGCUUGUUUGUUUUUGAACGAAAACUGUCAAAUUUGAAAAAAUAGUAAACGUCCGUUGGAAUGUAUAAAA